UGGUUCUGGAAAGAAGCCAGGUUCCUAUGGUAACUUCGGAUCGUUAAGUUGUCUCACUGCCUCCUGCUGACGUCACUUCCGGUGUUACCUGUGUCGUUACUGGGAGCUGUAAACAAGGUGUGCAAGCAUCUGAAGAGCUGGCGGGAUGCAGCAGAGCGGAGCGGCUGGAGGCCGUGGCUGCGCUCUUUUCCCUGUGCUGGGCGUCCUGUUCUUCCAGGGUGUUUAUAUCGUCCUUUCCUUGGAGAUUCAUGCAGAUGCCCAUGUCCGAGGUUAUGUUGGAGAAAAGAUCAAGUUGAAAUGCACUUUCAAGUCAACUUCAGCUGUCACUGACAGGCUGACUAUAGACUGGACAUAUCGCCCUCCCAGCAGCAGCCGCGCAGAAUCAAUCUUUCAUUAUCAGUCUUUCCAGUACCCAACCAUAGCGGGCACAUUUCGGGAUCGGAUAUCCUGGGUUGGAAAUGUAUACAAAGGGGAUGCAUCUAUUAGUAUAAGCAACCCUACCAUAAAGGACAAUGGGACAUUCAGCUGUGCUGUGAAGAAUCCCCCAGACGUGCACCAUAAUAUUCCCAUGACAGAGCUAACAGUCACAGAAAGGGGUUUUGGCACCAUGCUCUCCUCUGUGGCCCUUCUUUCCAUCCUUGUCUUCGUGCCCUCAGCCGUGGUGGUUGCUCUGCUGCUGGUGAGAAUGGGGAGGAAGGCUGCUGGGCUGAAGAAGAGGAGCAGGUCUGGCUAUAAGAAGUCAUCUAUUGAGGUUUCAGAUGACACUGAUCAGGAGGAGGAAGAUGCGUGCAUGGCGAGGCUUUGCGUCCGUUGCGCUGAGUGCCUGGAUUCAGACUAUGAAGAGACAUAUUGAUGAAAGUCUGCAUGUCAUAAGAAGAGUCACCUAAUAACAGGAAACAUCCCAUUCCACUGGCAGCUACGGCCUGUCAGAGAAGUGGAGCUGGCCUGGACCACAGUGGUGGACAAUCCUGGAGAUCAUCAGUAAAGACUUUAGGAACCGCUUAUUUAUUGAAUAAAUGUUUUGUUGUAUUUAUAAACUGUUCAAGAACUCUCAUAAGAGACUCAUGACUUCCCCUUUCAAGAAAUUAUGCUGUAAUUGAAUGAAGAAAUUCUUUUCCUAAUCAAAAAGAUACUUUAUGGUUCAUCUUUGCUCUGGAAUGUAUUACGUUUUCCUCCAGCUGUUCGAAGGAGAAGCCUGCAUGUAUGCCACACCGCUGACGCCAAAACCACUUUCUAAAUGAAGUGGAGCUUGUGGCUUCCUGAUUUGUCACCAGACAAAAUAUUUGCUUGGGAUGGUAUUCUUUGAUUUUUGCUCCAUGUACACUGUCAGCUGUGAGUAGUAUAGGGCAUAUACUCAUUGUUUUAAUGACCUCAACCUCAGUUGUUUUUGGAUAACUUAGAGUGUAUACUCUUAGUUUCCUUAAAGUUGCCAGGAUCAAAUCAUUGGUUUGCUUUGACUGGGUUUUUAAAGUAUUAAAUACAAUGUCAUCAAUUUACAAUUAAGGAAGGGAAUAGCGAGGUAGAAUAAUUAUUUUCUUUAGUCUUGCUGGUACAAUUUGGGCCAAGGAGUCUUUUAUAGCUACUACUUUUCUUCUUGACUUUUCAAGUCAGAGGCAAGAAAAAUUCUUUACAGGUUUUUAGUAGGGGCUUAUAGAGUAUUUUAGGAGUUCUUUGCAAUUACAACAUGUUUCACUUGUAUUGUUUUUCAAAACUUUGUUGAUUUCUAAAAUGUGCCAACUCUGAGUAAACUAUGAGUACUUGCAAGCUGUUUUUACAUAAUAUUUGAGAUGAGGAAGUGAGAUUGUGUAUAGCGUAGUUCUCCUUUCUGUUCUCUCGGUGCCUUAUAACAGCUUACUCCAUUCUGCUAUAACAGCUCAUUUCAAAGUUUAAUUUACAUGGGACUUUUUAUAAGCCAUUAAGGCAUAUGGAUAGCAUAUCAGUAAAGAUGGACAGUGCAUAUAUAAAUAGUCCUCUGUAAUAGUGAUCGGGUUCACUUCUCAAUUACGGGAGACAAAAAUUAUCCCCUCGCUGGUCUCUAUUCUUUGAACAGGUUGAUCCCUUUUCAUGGUUUUCAUUAGGUGGUUCAGGAAGUUUCCAUAUUACAGCAUUUUAGAGUGUAUAUGUUAGUUUAAAAACCACUUUUCUCUCUCAAUCUCUCUCUCUUUUUUUUUUGCCAAGAUCUAAUUUAAAACGUGGGUUGUUAGAUCUGUCUCUUAGAUUUGGCCUGGUUUCUACUAUUAAUCUGGUCCACAGAUUAGCAAAUCCGUUUAGUUGGAGGAUAUUGUGAUUUGACUUUGGUCACGCGAGGAAGUAGGAGAGGCGAAGACAGGACCAGCCGUUGACAUUUCCAGUGGUUAAACCUCACAGUACUUUGGGCUGCUUGUUAACUUAUGUGGUUGUCACAGGCCAAUCUAAUGUGACCAUUUCUGACACCUCAACAGUGAGAGGAAAGCAACUGGAGCAAUGAGAAUAAAUAAUUCAAAUCUCUCAGAGAUUUGAAGAUAGAGAUCUAAUUGUAAGGGGAACUUUCUUGUGUGUCCUCAUUUCUCCGAGAAAGAGAUAAUGUCACAGGAACUCACUGAAAGCCGCAUCCCAUUAAAUGAGGAACCAGUUUUGGCUGGGCCUUCUUGUAAAGCCCUUGCAGGUGUGUUGUGAAGAUCACUGCAGGGUAGUGUGUUUGUAGACUGACACCUAGUCUAAACUUGAGGUAGUUGGUGCUCUAUGAAUACUCAGUCAUGUUAUUUUGUAGCCUUAAUCAUGACUUGAACUAGUCCCUUCCUUUUUAAAUGACUGAACAAUAGAGUCCUUCGUGGUAAGUGAGUAUGUUGACAAUUUAGUUUACUUAAUUUAGUUGACUUCAUGGGUUUGUAGUCACAUCCCAGUCAUUGGCUGCUAUCAUUUUCCUUCUUUAUCCCUUAUUUUGAGAUUUGAGUUACAGCCUUUUAUUCUUCAAAGGGUCCCAAAGCAGUGUACAGACACCUGUCUUCUUUAAGGAUGAAAGGAAGAUAAAGUGGUUUACUGUUUACUUGUUUGUUUCACCUGUUGUUGAAUAACUUCUAAGGUGCUAUUCGCUCUCUUUGCUACUCCACGGGCUCUUAUCAUACCCCUGGAAACCAGCUUCUUUUAGAAAGGGAACUUAGUUCAGAAGGGAUUAGAAAUCUUUCAGAAUUUUUCUUUAGCUGCUGAAGUUUUUACUCGUGGUUACAUUAUCUGGAGUUUUAUGCAUUAAGCUCUUAAUUCUAUUACAAAAUGUGAACUUGUCAAUUGCUUUGUGUUUUCCAUGUGACCUGCUACUUCAGGCUACUUGGAGAACAUCUUAGUCCUCUGCAGCUCCUGAACUCAGCACUGGUGCUUCAGGAGAGAAGGUAGCAUGUCUUUGUUAAAAACAAAACGGAACAAAACAAAAUGACCCUUCUGGAGGCCACAUCCUGAAUAUGAACGUUCUACUAAGUCACUCAGUUAUGGUUCUAAAGGGAAACUGUAAGAAGACCAUAAGGAGUGGGCCAAGACUAUUAUUUAAUUGCACAACUUGAAACUUCGCUGCCAGAAGAAGCAGCUCCAUUCCUGUGACUCCAGUGUUGGGCUGUUAACUGCCGCACCUCAUUGCCUUUUUGUUUUUGUUUUUUUGUAGGAGAGUAGGCACUGUUGGGGCAUAUGCACAGAUAUUGUAACUCUUGGUAUCUUUACUGCAUCAUAGUUAAUAAACUUCUUUGCAUCCUUUGGCUA